GGUUCUGUGUUAGCGAAGAAGCUCAUUUUAAAGAAUAUUUCUAAUUAGGGUGGAUAAAUACCCUGUGGCAAAAUCCCCCUGAGCUGCAGGAGCAGGAGAGAUCCGCCGUGAGUCCGAGCUGAUCUGGAAUUCCUGCUCUCUGGUACCUCCAGCUGUGCCAGGGAGUUCACUCCGGCUGAUUUCGUGUCCACAUUGCUCCCUGUGGCCUCUCCCCUCCAUGGCCCUCCUGGUUCUCACCCUUGCACUGCUUGCAAUGACUGUGGCCACCACGGUCUAUAAGGUGAAGCCCCUGGACAUGGCCCCGGACUCCUUUGAUGACCAGUACCAGAACUGCAGCCUUGCCAUGGAGGCGGAGCUGCCGGCCCUGAACCGCUCCGAGUUCCAGAAGAAUUCUCAGUUUGCCAAGCAGUGGCCUAUGGCCAGGGACGUGUGGAAGUUUCGGGGGUCCCCUGUGUCCCCUCUGUCAUCCUCAGCCCAGGCCAUCGCCAUCAUGGCCUGCACCAUGUUUGGCCAGUUCAAUGGGGCAGUGAGAGUGGCCGGGUGCUCCCCCCAGGAAUACCGGGACAAUUUCCACUUCAAAACUCUGCAUUUCCUGCUGACCGAUGCCCUGGCCACACUGAGGGAUGCUCAGGAGCAACAAUGUCACUUGGUGUUCUGCGGGAUGAAAUCCACACGCUACGAGGCAAAGCCUGGCGACAUCGUCCGGUUUGGUCACUUCAUGUCAUCGUCGCUUAACAAAUCUGUUGCUGAAAUAUUCGGGAACACCACGGUGUUCCAGGUGCAGACGUGUCACGGCGUGGACAUCAAGGCAUUUUCCUUUCUUCGUGAGGUGCAGGAGGUGCUGAUCCCACCCUUUGAGAAGUUCAAGGUCACCAAAGUCAUCCCAAAAGGGAAGAAGGUGGAGAUCCACCUUGACUCCAUCGGGACCUACAGCAAAUACAACUGCGGGUGGCUGAAAGGUGGGAGCGUCCCCACAACCCCUGCCAGCUCAGAGGACGAUCACCAAGGCCACCAGGACAACCCGAGAAGCAAGACCACAGAGACUUCCAAGGCCACCACUGCCACUAUAGCUGCCUUGGCCAUCAUGGCCGCCAUGGUCGCCUUGGCCAUCAUGGCCUCCAUGUGCUCACUGCGACCACCACUGGCACUGUGACCACUGUGGCCACCAAGCUCA